AACCUGUCUCCCAAAUAUAUCAAAAUGUUUGUACUGGAUGAAGCUGAUGAAAUGUUAAGCCGUGGAUUUAAGGACCAGAUCUAUGACAUAUUCCAAAAGCUCAACAGCAACACCCAGGUGGUUUUGCUGUCGGCUACAAUGCCUUCUGAUGUGCUUGAGGUGACCAAGAAGUUCAUGAGGGACCCCAUCCGGAUUCUUGUCAAGAAGGAAGAGUUAACCCUGGAGGGUAUCCGUCAGUUCUACAUCAAUGUGGAACGAGAGGAGUGGAAGCUGGACACGCUGUGUGACUUGUAUGAAACCCUGACCAUCACCCAGGCAGUCAUCUUCAUCAACACCCGAAGGAAGGUCGAUUGGCUCACUGAGAAGAUGCAUGCCCGAGAUUUCACUGUUUCUGCCAUGCAUGGAGAUAUGGACCAAAAAGAACGAGAUGUGAUCAUGAGGGAGUUCCGUUCUGGCUCUAGCCGAGUAUUGAUUACCACUGACCUGCUGGCCAGAGGCAUUGAUGUGCAGCAGGUUUCUUUAGUCAUCAACUAUGACCUUCCUACCAACAGGGAAAACUAUAUUCACAGAAUUGGUCGUGGUGGACGGUUUGGCCGUAAGGGUGUGGCUAUUAACAUGGUGACAGAAGAAGACAAGAGGACUCUUCGAGACAUCGAGACCUUCUACAACACCUCCAUUGAGGAGAUGCCCCUCAAUGUUGCUGACCUCAUCUGAGAGGGGCUGUCCUGCUACCUAGCCCCAGCCAGGGUUCAAUCUUGGGGGGCUGAGGAGCAGCAGGAGGGGGGAGGGAAGGGAGCCAAGGGAUGGACAUCUUGUCAUUUUUUUUUUCUUUGAAUAAAUGUCACUUUUUGAGGCAAAAGAAGGAACCGUGAA